CCGUGCCACAACUGCAUUCUCACAAAUGUCCCCUGCACGAUUGGCGUAUCGAAACGGGGGAAGUACCCGCGUAAGAAAACUGUCAGAGACGGUCCCAAGACCGCGACGCCUUUGCAUACACCUGCGCCUUCGUCCCACAUCGCAGACAACAAAGUAUCCUUGUCACUAGCGAACGACCAGCACAGUCUAGCACGGAGGCAUCUUCUCGGCAGUUCUACGGCCCCGCUAAUAUCCGAGCAAGCAGACUACACCCACCAGACCAUCUUCCUGGGCGAGUCUAGCCCCCUCACCGUUGUUGUUGACGAGGGUCGCCACUCAUCUCCGAACACAUCCACCACAACCACAACCACCACCACCACCAUGCCACAAACCCGUCUCUGCUACCCCAUCCCCGGGCGCUCAAAUGUUCCGAGCGCGCGCGACGAAGCCCUCCGCGUCCGCAAGCUGCGAAUGGAGCACCGCCUCCAAGCCGACGGCGCAUUCUCCUUCCCCCCACCGAGUACCUGUGCACUCCUGCUACAAGCGUACUUCAACUGGUUUCACCCGUGCUUCCCCAUUCUCGACCGGGCGGAUGUGCAGCAUUCGUACCUCCGGGGUACCCUUUCGCCCUUGCUGUUGCACGCAAUGCUGUUCAUCGGUGUGAGUCUCUGCCCCGACGAUGCCUUGGCCCGGACGGAAUUCGUGGAUCGUCACUCGGCCAAGUUCCUAUUCUACAGUCGCGCGAAAGCACUCUAUGGUGAGGACUGGGAAGGAGACAAGACAGUGAAGUUGCAGACGUUGUUUCUGCUCAGCUUCUGGCGGGGAGGGCCGUCCGAGGAGCGGGAUGUCAGGUUCUGGUUGGGGAUCGCGAUCAGUCUGGCGCAGAAGCGGGGGAUGCAUGUGAUGGCAAAAUUCUCGCUUCGGUCGGCCAAGGAAGAGAGGCUUUGGAAGCGGAUUUGGUGGGCGCUUUAUACACGCGAUCAGCAGAGUGCCGCCGCCCUGGGUCUGCCGCCGCGCAUCCGAGACGAGGAUUGUGAUGUCGCUAUGCUUGCGCCGGAUGAUUUUCGGGAGACCGAGGUGCUGGAUGACACGUCUGUGUUCGGGGUGCAACUGGUGGGAGAUGUGGAGUAUCCGGUGGAAAUGGCCAAGCUUGCGAGAAUACUCCGCACGAUUGUUGCAACGCAGUACUCGCCCACGCCAACUUUAGCCAGCCAGGAGACUCGAAAAGACCUGCAUCGGCAGCUGAUUGAAUGGGAAUCGAGUAUCCCGGCGGAGCUGAGGCAGGAUAGUGCGGUGACUCCGCGGGCAAAAUUCCUCACGGGACUGAUACAUAUGACUUACUAUAACCUGUAUAUCCUCCUUUACCGACCACUUCUCCUUCACUCUCCGGAGAAAGGCACGGGGGGAGAGGGUCAGAUUGCUGUCGACGCUGCCACGCGAAGCACGAGGAUCGUCGAAGACAUGCUGUCGCACAACGUCGUGCAGCACGGGCCGACUCAUUUAAUCACGCACGUCUUCUCAACAUUGUGCAUCCACACUCUCCAAUUCCGGAGAGAGACAGGGACUGGUCGCCAACUAGCCGAACACCGCGCAAGACUCUGUCUGCUGGGUCUGCAGGAGCUGCAAAAGUCGUGGGACUUGGAGAAUUGGGUCCUUGAGCUCUUCUUU